AUGAAGGUCGAAUUUGAGGUCGAAGGGACGAGGUAUAGAUGGUCCGGUACACGGAAAUUCGCCACGGGUUUCAUGCAAGGGGUAAAGGGUUGGUCGCAUUGCUUGAAGCUCAUCCGUACCUCCGACCAUGCCCUCAUUGCAACAUUUGAAAAGCGUCGUUCAGCGCGCUACCACCGCUCAAUCAAAACCGGACAGCCUCCGAAUAAGAAGAAAUCAUUUAUUGGGGCCCUUUGCAUCUAUGAAGAGGCUUAUGCAAUGCAAAUUGCUGACGACCAUGGUGCCAGCGGAUCUUCAGUGGCAGCUUUUACGGCAAGAGUGGAUGCGCGUGCCAGCAACCCGCGAAGUCGCGCAAAGGAUGAGAAGGAUCUCGACCCUGAUGGGCCUCAUGUGGGAAACCUCACAGAGGACAUGAUCGCGCUGAGUUGCUGGGUUGUAGAAGAGGCUGAGCAUCGAUUGCGGUAUAAGAUUUUUGAUUUGCUCGAGGAGAUAGUGUCCUGGGCCCUUUUGACACCCGUGUUGUGCUUGUUUUUAACAAAGAGCAGCACCCUCACAUUUGAAGUUCGGGAAGACUCUCGGCACCUACCGUCCAUUGCAGCACCCUCGCAGCUUACGCAGAGUCCAGCGUACUGCGCCGAUGGAAGGCACUCCCUCAGCUACCCCUCCAAGACAGCACAAAUUCUUGCAACAUUUCCCUCAACACCAGAAUCCGAGGGUGCGAAGGCACCCUCGCUGUGGCUCGCGGCAUAUGUGGAUGUCUAUGUCGGCAACGAUACUCAAAUAUGGCUAUAUUCAAGCGUAGAGGCUGAGGCCUCCUUGCCAUCAAUCCAAGAACGGUCUGCAACAGCGGAGCAGCUCUCGGGUCUGGAUCAACUCAGCGAACUCGUUCUCGAACCUAACGUUGCAGCAGAACUGCUGGCUCAACUGCUUUCUCUAUUUUUGUACAUUCGAACCCACAUUAUCCCGCCGUAUAUCUCGUAUCUGGGAUCGCAGAGCAACGAGGCUAACCAGCCCCCUAACCCAUCUCCAAAUCCGGGAAAAUCUUCGAAAAGGGUCCCGCCUCAUAUACCAACAUCAUUCAAAAUUGGCAGCGUGCACACAGGAAUCUACGAUCUAUUACUAGCUGCGAUUGCGGCGCCUGAGAAGAUACCGCCACAUUUACCAAGAAUCUGCAUCCUCUCCCUUGAUGCAGGGGUAUGCAUGAAAUACCUUUUCCACCGGUCAACAUACAAUUCAUUGCCUGAAAAGCCUGCGGGUGCGUCGGGUACUAAUGGUACUAGUGACGAUAAGGGUCUUCCCCCAGGAUACCGAUUGCACGAUCUCAACGGUCGCGUUGGAGUCCAGAAGGGACAUUUGGACCUGGUUCUAAGUUGCCUUGAUAUCCCGCGGUCAAAGGAGCUCUUACAGCAGAUGCCUAGCGUAGCAGUCUACUACGAUGGUGAGAUCGAUAAUAUCAUAUCUUCUUGUUCUGGCGCUACGGCAAACUGCUCCUCUGGCCGCGGCGUGGAGGAAAUUCCCGUGGCGUGGUGUUUCCUAAGUGUGGAUGCGAGUUUGUGUAGUCUGUAUGUGGAGGAAGGACACCGCAGACGCGGAUUGGCGAAUGCGAUUGCUAGGGAAGUAAUGAAACUGGGAUUGGGGGACGACGGCGGAGUGUUUACAUCUGGGACUGGAUCUGAUAUCGGUGCGAUAGCCAAGGGAAAGCGCGAUGAUGAUCACCACGAUCAUGGUUGGGCAUUUUCGGAUGUUUUCCUGCAUAAUACAGCGAGUAGAAAGGCGAUGAGGAAGUUGGGAGGGGAGCCAGCAGGGACUUUUAAGUGGAUUGUUGUGGAUGUUGUGGAGAAUUAUUGA